AUGCCAAGACGUAAAACACUUGAAGGCAGGAAGCAGAGGGAGAAACAAAAAAUGAGAAUGAGGCAGAAGAGACAGCAGUCUCAGGGCCCAGACACUCCUCCCAAUGAGCUGGUUUUAGAGUCCAGUGUUCCUGUUGGACCAGUGGAUGGAGCAAUCUCAGCUCCCCCGAGUAAUUUUCUCGGGCAGGUUCCAAUGGGGUUUCCUCAAAGUAAAAAACCCCUGGCCAGAGUGCAGGCCUCUCUUCGCGAGAGAAUGCACUCACCUGCCCCGAGGUUGCCAUCUCCUCGGGGAAGUCGUCUGUUUGUCCGUGAACAGGACAAGGCACCGUCCCCUGACUCCCCAGCGUGGGUUUGUGCUCCACCGAGGGCACCUGGACCGGACACCGUGCACGUGUCCGAUUCAGCAGGUCAGGCGCAGCUGGAUACCUCCAGGGAGGAGGAGACCAGCAGUAUACUAAAAGAUGAGGAAACUUUAACGACAAACAAAAAGGAUACUGAACGAAAAACAAAACGUAUUCUGAACGAACACAAGAUACUAGAAACUAUAUAUGAGAACCAGAACAAUGAUAUUUCAGAGGAAAUAUAUAAUAACAAACACAAUGAGAUAGCAAAGAAUAUGUAUACUGAUCAGGACAUUGAGAUAACAAAUAAUAUGAUAGAGAACCAAUGCAUAAACGUUUCAGAGAAUAUGUAUGAUAGCCAUGAUCAGAGAUCAAAGAAUCUGUAUGAGAAUGAAGAGAAUAUGAAUGGGAAACAAGUGAAUGCCAUAUAUGUUAAUCUGUAUCAGAAUCAACAGACGAGUACAAUGAAGGAUAUAAAUGAUAAAACAGAAAACGAGAAUUGUCUCAAAAGAAAUAAAAAUGAUGGAAGAGGGAUAAAGAGGCAAAGGAAUUUUAUUUCACCACAAAGGAGUUACUUGGAAGGAAAGCCCAAUGACGAUGAAUUUGCUUGUGGGAAAAAAUUGAAAGUGUCCUCUAAAUUUCCAAGUAAUGAACACUUUCGUUUUGUUUCCAAUAAAGUUAUUCAAGGUUCAUUCCAUCAGGGAGACGUCAUGUUUGGAGAAAAUGCAGAAUUUCGAAGCAAGAAAUUAGCUGCAGCAGCCCUCAAGUAUAGAGAACACAAGAGUUACCAAUCAUCUGUGAAGGAAAAAUACAGAGAAAAGUAUAGGUCUGAUAACAAAGUCAGAGAAAGAAGCAAGAAGUUGUAUGACAAAGAUAGAUAUGUUAAGAGAGAGAUAAGCAAAAAGAUAAGCAAAAAAAAGUACAAGUAUAAUGAUGCCCAUAGAGAUGACCUUAAAGCAAAGAGCACAGAGAAAUACAGGAGAAACACCUCGCAUAGAGAAGAUGUAAAAAUGAGAAGUAAAGAGAAAUAUAGGACAGAUCCUUUACACAAAGAGGAGAUGAAGAAGAGAAGUAUAACCAAAUACCAAUCAGAUGAUAAACACAGAGAAAAUGUUAAGAAUAGGAGUAAGCAGAUCUACAAAAGUGAUGAAGCUUACAGAAAGCGUGUGAAUUCUGCAAGUACUUGGAGAUAUAAUACCGAUGAAUCAUACAGGAAAAGAAAUCUAAGGAAAAGGUCUGUGAAGUAUGAAACAGAUGAAGCCUUCAGGUCAAAAGCGAAAGUCUAUAGUAAGGAAAUGUAUGCAUCAAGUACUUCUGUCAGACUAAAGAAAAAAGAUGCAGUAAUACAGCAAAGAAGAGCAAAAAGUCAAAAACUAGAGAACGAAGAGGAAGUAGCAAACUUAUUUAAGUGUAAAGUAAAGGAAGGCAUUGAUUACAUACGUUGUUCUUGCAAUCGACUCUUAUUUCAAAAUCAAGUCCAAAGAUGCAAUCCAAAUACUUAUGAGAAGAACACAGAAGCAGCAUUAGCAGCCGAGGUCAGCAUUCAGGAAAAGUAUUUCCAUCAGUGUUCAGAGGUUUGCCUUCCAAAUUGUACAAAAUCAUCAUUGUGGAUUUGCUUUACCUGUCAUAGGAAGAUUCUUAAUGGGAAAAUUCCAGCAGAGGCGACAGUGAACAAUUUGUUUUUAGAAGAUAUUCCGAAGGAACUCUCUGAUUUGAAUUGCCUCGAAAGACACCUAAUUGCAUUGCAGAUACCUUUUAUGAAGGUAAUGGGGCUUCCUCAUGGUGGUCAAAGGAAUGUUCAUGGACCAGUUGUGUGUGUGCCAUCAGACAUGAAAAAGGUAACAAGUCUACCACUUAAGGAAGAUGAAAAUUUGUUGUUGCGUGUUAAAUUGAAAAGGAAAUUGAAUUACAAAGGAUAUUUUGAAUAUCAGUUUGUAGACCCAAAGCAUGUUUUUGCUGCCUUAGAUUAUUUGAAACAGAAUAACAAAUGGUAUACAAAUGUAACAAUAGACAAGAAUUGGAAAGAAAAUGAUUAUGAUGAAGUUGCAGACCUCACUGAGGAAAUACAACUAGAUGAUGAAGAAAAUCAGGUAGCUACUGAUACUUGUUUACAGCCAUUAGAUGUUGCACAGGAAGUUUUGGAUCAUUAUUUUGAUGACAUAUACAAUAUUGCACCUGGUGAAGGUAAGAAUCCAGUACGUAUGUUGCAAGAACCAGGAAACGAAGCUAAAUCCUUCCCAUAUCUUUUCCCAAGCGGAAAGUUUUCGUGGAAUGACGAGAGGUCGGAAAGGAUAACGUUAUCUAGAUAUUUCAACAACCGGUUAAUGAAUGCAGAUAACCGAUUUGCUAAAGAUACAAGUUACAUUUUCUUCAGCCAGUAUUUAUCAGAACUGAAUCAAGUUAUUGAAAAAACUCAAAUCUCAAUUCGAAAAUCUGUCACAAAGAUUGGUAGUGAGAAAUUAGUUACACCAGACAUGUUACAAGACCCUGACGCCCUUUCAAAGCUAUUAAGAAAUGACGAGGCAUUACGGUUUAUGCAACCUAUUCGUGGAACACCAGCAUAUUGGUCAGCAGCCCAAAAAGAUCUCUUCGCAAUGCUUCGGCAGUUGGGAAUACCUACGUGGUUUUGUUCUUUCUCUGCUGCAGAACAUAGAUGGGAUGAUGCUAUUAGAACAAUUUUACGACAACAGAAUGACCACAGAGAUCCAGAUUUGUUGGAUUGGUCUGAAAAAAAUGAAGUACUGAGAAGUAAUCCAGUUACUGUUGCGAGGAUGUUUGAGCACAGGUUCCACAUGUUUCAGAGAGAUGUCAUUUUAUCACCAUCGGAACCGAUUGGAAAAGUUGUAGACUUUUUUCAGAGAGUUGAGUUUCAACAAAGAGGAUCACCUCACAUGCAUUGCUUAUAUUGGGUUGAAAACUCUCCUAAAAUUGAUCAAGAUGGCGAAAAGGCAGUUUGUAAUUUCAUUGAUAAAUAUGUAACCUGCGCAGUUCCUUCAGAGGAAGAAGACGCUGAGUUAAGAAACAUUGUGCUAGCCGUUCAACAACACAGUAAAAAACACUCAAAGUCAUGCAGAAAGAAAGGCUCAGAAUGCAGGUUUAAUUUUCCUAGACCGCCUUCCGUGCGCACAUUCAUCACUUCACCUGAAACUGAUGAAAUUGAUAAAAAUAUUGAAGCAGAAACAAAAAGCGAGGCACAGAAAACCGUUGCUAAAGAUAUGCUUAUGCGUGUUUGGGAUCAAAUGCAACUCGACAACAAUUCUUCAAGGACAGUAGAGGAUAUUUUCAAUGCAUUGGGAUUGACGCAAGAACAAUACGAAACAGCAUAUAACAUGAUUACGAAAAAGAAGGCAAUUGUUCUAAAAAGAGAACCAUGUGAGCUUUGGACCAAUCAGUACAACUCGUGUCUUUUAAGGUGCUGGGAUGCAAACAUGGAUAUUCAAUUUGUUUUGGAUCCAUUUAGCUGCAUAGUUUAUAUCAUUUCUUAUAUUUCAAAGUCCGAAAGAGAAAUGGGGAUGUUGCUUAAACAAACAAAGAUUGAAGCUGAGGAAGGGAACUGUGAAGCACGCCAAACAUUGAAGAAAAUUGGCUCUGCGUACUUGAAACACCGGGAAGUGAGUGCACAAGAGGCUGUGUAUCGUGUCUGUAAUUUGAAAAUGAAAGAGUGUUCAAGGAAGGUAGUUUUUGUACCAGUGGGAGAAAACCCAACCCGUUUAAGCAAACCGCUUUCUCAGAUAAAACAAAAGACACAUAAGAAGAAAGAAGAGACAAAUCAGGAGGAAAAUGAGGAGGAGGAGGAUAUAUGGAUGACAAACAUUGUUGAAAGGUACGAACAUCGACCGAACAAAACAAUGUUUCAUGACAUGUGUUUGGCUGAAUUCUGUUCAGAAUACCGCGUUCUUGCAAAAUCGCAGGUUCCGAAGACUCCAAAUGAAAAUGUAUUCGAAUUGCAGAAUUCAAAGGGAUUUAUACAAAAGAGAACAAGAACAAAACCAGCUGUUAUCAGAUACCCAAGGUUUAGGGUUGACAAAAUGUCUGAAAAAUAUUAUCAGUGUCUCCUACAGCUCUUCCUGCCUCACGAGAGAGCAACUCAAUUAAAACCACCAGCUUUUGAUCUAUAUCAGACAUUUUAUGAGAAUGGUCAUGUUAAAACUAAAAAUGAUCAGAACUUACAGGCAGUCAAAUUAUUGGUCGAUAGAAAUCAUGCAAAAUUUGCGGAAAAUGAAGAAAUGAUAUCGAAUGCACAAGAAACGUUUGAGACUAUUGGGGAACCGCAGGAUGCAUGGGCAAGUUUAUGUCCAGAAACUGAACUAAUGCGAAAGGAAUGUAUGGAGGAAAGAAGUACUCUAAAUGUGUUGGAUGAUCAUGUCGAUGAAAUACCAGAUAUGGAAACCGAGGCAAAUUCAGCUGAUGUCAUGUUCAAAGUGCAACAAAAUAACCAAUCCAGAGAAGAAGCCAUGCAUAUUAUUCAAAACCUUAAUGAGACACAGAGAAAUAUAUUUUAUUAUGUAAGAGACUGGUGUCUAGAGAAAUCAUCAGGACAAAACCCAGACCCCUUUCACAUAUUUAUAACAGGUGGUGCAGGUACCGGAAAAAGUCACGUUAUCAAGGCUAUUCAUUAUGAAGCUUCACGUUUGCUUGCAAAGAACAUGUCGACGCCAGAUAGUUUAGCAGUACUGCUGACUGCUUUCACGGGAACAGCUGCAUUCAACAUUGGUGGAAAUACUAUUCAUCACCUGUUUUCAAUGCCAAAGUUUAUGCGUCUACCAUAUGAACCAUUGAAAGAACAGACUCUCAGUGAAUUAAGGAUACAUCUUCAAGAUCUUAAUGUACUGGUAAUUGAUGAAGUGUCAAUGGUUUACAAGAGACUGCUGUAUUAUAUUCAUGAAAGGCUUGUACAAAUAAAAAAGAGCAAAGAGCCGUUUGGAGGAGUAAGUGUCAUUGCGGUAGGUGACUUUUACCAACUACCUCCUGUGAAACAACGUAAAGAUGAAAGACUCUACAAAGACAAUAUUUCAUAUCCAGUUGAUCAUUGGCAAGAAUUGUUCAAAGUUGUCGAGUUAUCAGAAAUCAUGAGACAAAAACAGGAUAUACCAUUUGCAGAAGUUCUAAAUUCUCUUCGUACACGAGAAUUGCAGGAACCACUUACUAAUGAAACCUUGUCUAUGCUUCAUGAGUGUGUUAGGGAGGGACCAGAUGAUGUGUUACAUGUAUAUGCUACAAACGAUGAAGUAAACAAUUACAAUCUUAAAAUGCUACGUAACAGUUGCGAUAAUUUUGUUGAGAUUAAUGCUCAGGAUUUCGAGAAAGACACAGCAACAGGGAAACUAACUCUGAGAAAAAAGCCUAUAUCUAGAUCAAAAACAGAAGGUUUGACCAGCUCCCUUUUGGUUGCGGUGAAUGCACGGACAUCAGUUUCCUCUACGACUAUCAUGGGCAUGUACAGCUCACAAGGUUCAAGGAAUGACGGUUGA